AUGGAAAGUUAGUGUUAAAUAGUUAUACUGUGGUAUGGCAUGAGAAGGAGACCACCUUCCUUUAAAACAAAAACAGUGGACUUUUUUGGUGUUUGUGUACUUUCUCUGUAAACCUUUUCACAUACCAUGGUGAUAUGAAAAAAAUAACAGUAGAUUGGAUUGUUAAGUAUGUGCCACUGCACUAUACACUACAUUGGAUGUAUCUUCAUGUUGCCUUUUUUCUUUCCAGCUGCCAGGACCCAGCUGUCUGGCUCAAAACCAGUCCUGUCUGGCUCAGUCCACUCCUGCUUCUUGGCUCUCACUGUGCUGGGUAACACAGGGUCACAAACCAUAACAGGCUGGAAAAGUAAGUGAAAAAAGUUGUCAGUGAGUUUCAAGAUAGUAGGUAGCGAGCUAAGCAGCUUCAAAGACAAGAAUAGGCACACAAAAAGGGAACGGACGUAAUUUCUAACCAGUAUGCCUUCCUACCACCAGGGCACAGGAUAGUGGAAGUGGCUUUAUACCUGCCUCCAUAAGGCUACUGAGUGAGUGCUGCACUCUGUCAACUCUGUCCUCCUUCCACAGUAUUAAUCCAACCUCAUAGUGUGGAAAUGUACACUGAGUGUACAAAACAUUAGUAACACCUUCCUAAUAUUGUGUUGCACCCCCCUUUGGCCUCAGAUCAGCCUCAAUUUGUCAGGGCAUGGACUCUACAAGGUGUCAAGUGUUCCACAGGGAUGCUGGCCCAUGUUGACUCCAAUGCUUCCGACAGUUAUGUCAAGUUGUCUGGAUGUCCUUUGGGUGUUGGACCAUUCUUGAUACACGCGGGAAACCGUUGAGCGGGAAAAGCCCAGCAGCGUUGUAGUUCUUGACACAAACCGGAGCGCCUAGCACCUACUACCAUACCCCGUUCAAAGGCACUUAAAUAUUUUGUCUUGCCCCUGCCACAAUCCAUGUUUCAAUUGUCUCAAGGCUUAAAAAAAACGUAUUAACCGGUCUCCUCCCCUUCAUCUACACUGAUUGAAGUGGAUUUAACAGGUGACAUCAAUAAGGGAUCAUAGGAAAAAUUUAACCUGGACAGUCUGUGUAUACAAAACACAGGAAAAUCACGUUUUUUACUGCACUGGGCCUUUAACCUUCUAUUUUUCAGCGGUGGAAAAUGUACCCAAUUGUCAUACUUGAGUAAAAGUAAAGACAACUUAAUAGAAAACGACUCAAGGAAAAGUGAAAGUCACCCAGUAAAAUACUACUUCAAUAAAAGUAUUUGGUUUUAAAUAUGCUUAAGUAUCAAAAGUAAAUGUAAUUGCUAAAAUAUACUUAAAGAUGCACAAUGCAGAAAUCGCACCGCCAUUUCCUGGUUGCUAAAUUUCGAAUAGUUUGCCUAAUUUCAGUUUAUGUGAGAAAACAAGCAGUCAUUGUGCAGAGCAGAGUUUCCCAAACGCGGUCCUGGGGCCCCCCUGGGUGCACGUUUUGUUUUUUGCCCUAGCACUACACAGCUGAUUCAAAUAACCAACUCAUCAUCAAGCUUUUAUUAUUUUAACCAGCUGCUAGGGCAAAAACCAAAACGUGCACCCAGGGGGGGCCCCAGGACCGAGUUUGGGAAACCCUGGUGUAGAGAACCGCUGUGAAAUAUAUUUUCCAUAACCAAAAAUAUAUAUAUAUAUAGUUGUUUGAAGCUUGUGUACAAAACAGAAAGUAAAAGAUGCAAAAACAAAACUUCAGAACUGGAAGCAUAGAAAUAGCACACAUAGAACAGAUUUACCGCUUCUUAGAUUUGCUUUCAACAGGAAUUAAAGAUCUAUAACUCACAUUUCUUUGUGAAUUUGGUCGGGUCGCUCAAAAAGUAACAUAUGGUAGCUUUAAGUAUCAAAAGUAAAAGUAUAAAUCUAAUAAUUUUUUUAAUCCCCCGGCGUUUUGCCUUUUGGUAGGCUGUCAUUGUAAAUAAGAAUUUGUUCUUAACUAACUUGCCUAGUUAAAUAAAGGUUAAAUAAAAAAAUUAACAUUUCAAAUUCCUUAUAUUAAGCAAACCAGACGGCACGAUUUUCUUGUUUUAUUUUAUUUACGGAUAGCCAGGUGCACGAGGUCAAGUCAUGACAUCAGUAAUCUUCAGGUCAGAAAGUCAGAGCUCUAUAAAGAGGCCAGAGUUCCCGAGUUGGAAUUCCAAGUUGGAUAACCUUCAAAACGAUUUUCCCCAGCCGGAGCUAAUUUUUUCCCAGAGUUCCCAGUUGUCUUGAACGGACUGAAGUUGGAGAUUUCCAUGUUUCCAGUUGUCUUGAACGCAUUGAAGUUGGAGAUUUCCAAGUUCCCAGUUGUCUUGAACACACUGAAGUUGGAGAUUUCCAUGUUCCCAGUUGUCUUGAACACACUGAAGUGAACACACUGAAGUUGGAGAUUUCCAAGUUCCAAGUUGUUGUGAUCGUGGCAUCAGUAGCCUGUAGUAGGCGUACUUCACUGCUUGCGGCUGAACUGACAGUUAUUUAAUUGUGAAAGAGGUUAAUGGCAUUCAAAUCUACAGUUACUGCCGAAAUUAUUGGUACCCUUGAUAAAGAUGAGCAAAAAAGACUAUAUAACUUACUUUGUGAGACUGUUUAAUCCUGUAAUAUUGUAUAGUACAUCUUAUAUAGUACAUCUUAUAUUUUGUAUUUUAUUUACUUACUUAGGUAGGCCUAUGUAUGCUGCAAUUCAGCUUUUAGCUGCAAAUGUGUACAAUUCAAAAUAAACCUUAACUAUAAAUAUAUAUAAAAUAAAUAAUACAAAUAUUGCGCUAUAUUGUAUGCAAAAAAUGUUGGGGAAAUGAUAUUAUUUUAUACUUAUACAAUUGCUCAGAGAAAUAUAUUUUGUUUAACAAGUAAUAAUGUUUUUUCUCAAAAAGAUGGGGGUCAAAAUUAUUUCCCCCUUUGUUUUCAAUGUUCUGACACUCUUCCCCCCACGAGGAUAGCGUCACUGAGCGUUUUAUGAUAUUGGAGAACACAUUGGGAGGGAUUUUAGACCAUUCCUCUAUACAGAAUCUUUCCAGAUUCUUGAUAUCCUUCAUCUGCGCUUAUGGACUGCCCUCUUCAAUUCAAACCACAGGUUUUCAAUGGGGUUCAAGUCCAGAGAAAUGUUGUUUUUUUGUGGUCAAUUAACACUUUCUUUGUGGAUUUUGAUGUGUGCUAGGGGUUAUCGUCUUUCUGGAAGAUCCACUUUAUUCAUACAGUUUUUUUUGCCCAUCUUUAUCAAGGGUGCCAAUAAUUUUCGGAGUUGACUGUAUGUUUCCCAGUGCUUGACUUGGGCCUAUGCAAUAAUAGUCAAUUAUUCAAUUACACUAUUUAUAGAUCAAACAAAUAAUGACAAAUGUAUACCCUCUAACCUAUAUUAUUUCAUUUAUUUAAUUCCUUGUUCUGUUGGCAUCAUUCCUGUCAGGGGCGUCAAGCACCCUCAGCAUCUUCAGCACCCCUACCUCCCGCUGCUUCUUUGCAUCCCUGCUCAAAUCUGGGUAAAAGAUUGAAAGGAAUGUGAGUCUUAUUUAGUUAUUGCUUGCUUUUCUAAAGUCUACCAACCUUGCCAGCAGGCAAGCCAGCUAAGAUAGUUAGACAAGCUAGCUACUCUAACUUGAUUGAUAGCCUGAAAUGGCUUCUUGUUAACUAGGUAUGAGGUUGGGAGAUUGGGAACCUAUCUGGGCUAGCUAAAGCCAACUUCAUAAAAUUGCAUGUGGCUAGUAGUAUUAAAUAUAUAUAUUUCGUAAAGGACAAAUCUGAGGGAGCACGUGCCCCGUAUGGGCAUGACUCCUCUGAUUCCUGUAAAUCCCAGCUGAGUUGACAACUGUGGCCCUUGUCUUCUGAACUCUCAUUCCUCCAACUCCUACACAUGACUGCCCUCUGCUGGUGUACUACAGUUAUUUGGAUAUCCAAAUGAGCUACUUUGGAGAGUCGUUAUAGGCUAUAAAUUAUAGAAUAAUAUAUAGCCUAUAAUACAGAUAAAAUAACAAGAUUACAAAAUAUGGUAAAAUUGCAUGGCCUACAUUGUAUCCAUGUCUACUUACAUGCUAAGAAAUCAACUCAAAAUGGCCAUACAGUGAGGCCUUUUCUGAACCUAGAUUAAAAUGUUGGUUUCAUAUCCUGAAACAUUUGUGGCUACAGCAACCCCUGUUUGUACCGCAUCAGCUGAUCAGCUGCCUCAUGCCAUCAUUCAGUGCCUAUGGAACCAAGAGCAGGUGCCCUUUUGGCUAAACAGCCAACUGACUGUUCAGACCACAGUGUGUGUUACCUUAUGGGCCUGGGUUGUUGCUUUUUUCAAUACUUCCACAGUUGUUACCACAUGACAGUUUUUGACUUAGUAAUCUUAAAUCAACCUCCCUGCACUACUUUGCAACUACCAGACUAUGUAAUGCAAUUGUAUCCCCGAAAGCUCCACAUUGACUUUCAUCCACAUGAAGGCUACUUGACAGAUUUUCCUUAUAAAACUACAUUAAACCCUACCAACACACACACACACACACACACAAACAGCUGUAGGUCCAGUGGUCAUUCCCCAGAGCCCUCCCAAGUAGGCAUUCUACUGUGAAAUGUAAACAGGACAGAGCUUCCUGAGUGUGUGUGUGUGUGUGUGUGUGUGUGUUUGUAAGUGAAUGGGCCCAUGCAGAGCCUGCUAGCCCAGCUGUUGCUGCCAUAACCCAGGACAUGAGAGGCUGAGCAAGCUCUGCAAGACACAUGCUGGAGGGCCACUGUGUGCUAUCACCUCCUCCUCCCAGGCCUUCUACCCAGCCCCUGGCUUCCUUCCUUCCCUUUGUUCAGACUUCAGGGCAGCCAUCGCCAAGCUGAGCACACAAACGAUGCAUAUGAACGUGUUGGUCUCAUCUUUAUUAGGCCCCCUCGGCCAACACAUAUCACAUUUACUAAUGACAUUUCACUUUCAUUUGUGGUCUGGCUACCCUUCUACAUCCAUUACCAGAUGAGGAUUAAACAGAUCUGGAGGCUGGGGCUAAACCUAAAUACACAAACUGCUACUCAUCUUAACAUGGAGGUGGCUGUUGGAAGGUACUGAUACAAAGGACAAGUGCAACAUUUAAAAUACAUGUCUCAUAAAUGUGUUAUAACCUUUCUUUGAAAACGUAAUACUGUGGUAUUAAUAUAGUUCUCAAAUAAAACACUUUACCCUUGAAUUACUUUAGAGCUCUUUCAUUUGGAUUUACUGUCAUGUAAAACUUUAUUUUAUCAUUGCUUAUGUAUUUUGUACAAUUGACCGAGGAUGGGAUUUCAAAAUGUUACCCGGACUGACUCUUAAACUUGAUACCCACCAUGAAUGUGUCGUCUUGUCUAAACAGUUCCAUCACUCAUUCCAGAAGUAUUUCAUUCUGCUAACCACCAAUCAGAUGCUGGCAGUGAUGAAGACUGUUCAAAGCGUGAAGUCAUAGUCAAACUUUUCCCUUGUCGGAGUAAUGGUUUGUGUGUUUCAACUGCAUACUCACGUUUCUUGCAUCCAUGGAGUGAAAACAUGUCUGAACAGGCUCUUUCCUUUGUUUCUGAACACUACACUCCAAAAAAAGUCCUAUGUAAAACACAUAGACGCCCGCCCAAAUUCCAGUUGUGAGAGGAAGUGUUUUGAGGGGUGGUGCAAAGACUUGGGUUUCAGUGUGAGAAACUUAAGAGGACAUUGUAAGACAAACAAAGCUCCUCUCAUUCUUAGAGAAUACAUGGGGUCCUUAUUGACAGGUAAGCGACACCCCUCUAUACUCUAGAUGGAAAUCUGGAGGUAGUGAUCCAUGGACCUAGCCCCUAUUUGUUUGACCCGGAGCAAGUGACUCGUGAAUAGGGUUUUCUGGUCUCUAGUGCUUUAUACGCUUUGUGUGUAGUUUGGUUUUAAAAAAUGGUGUCAUGAACAGUGGUUUGUUCGUUAUGUUCGCCUCACGGAUUUGCCUUUACGGCUAACUCUGCCCUCUCGCGGCACAGAACGAGGGCCUGAGACGUGAAACAAACUACCCCAGCUCGCAGUCGGCUCAAGUAGACAACUAGACGCUGCUGACAGUGUGUUUGUGAGAUGCAGGACAAAGGGCAAUUUUAAACUGUCUACAGACAUCCCCUAAACAAACAAAAACUCUCUGAGAAUGAAUGCACACCUGGUAAAUAGUUGCUUAUAGAUAUGUCAGUCAGGUGGCUAGCUACCGGCAGAUACUUCUACUGCAUAACGUUGAAGGGCUCUGGCUAGUAUUAGCCAGCUAGAAGGAUGAAGUAAGAAGCAAAUGUUAAACGGAGCUACUAAGUUCUCAUAAUAAUGUUGCUUUACAGAGAGUAGGCUACUGAGACAGACAUUGAUGUGGUGCUCAGUGGUGAGGCUGAGGCAGGCUGCAAUAGAGCCCCACAGUGGAGGUGUCAUAAUACCCAUAAAACCUACCUGUCAAACAGGGAAAUGGUUCCAAUCGUUUUUCCAACAUUCAUUUUUCCCAUCAGGGAUUUUAGAAACACUUAAAAUAAGGGCUGGGAUUCGUGUUUGUAGAUCUACUAAGGUGAAUGAACCUACAGCAGCCAAGGUGAUAAUGGCUGGGUCAUUUUUGCUUGUUUUUGCUAUUCACCAAAUAGCAUAAAAAAGUAAAAAAGAAUAUAUUUUGGGGGGAAAUUGAAGCUCAUUUACUGCAUCCGGACCUCACUAAAACACAAACCCUGGUUACGGCCCUGAUCAGGAAAUAACACAGAUAAAAAUAAAAACUUUUACGGUGUUAGUUUCAUCAGCUGUUGUACAGUAUGAUAGAAAACAUAGGAAAAACACGAUUCUGACUGCACUGGGCCUUUAACAAUGGCUAAAGAGAAUUCAGAAACUAGCACAAACUCUUAAUAUAAACCACUGACAGAGGCGGGGGCUUAAAUUCAGUGUUUCAUCACACUGGCAAACCUUCAUCAUUGACUAACUAUGUGUCUGGGCGCCCUAACCGUGAGAACCGUGAAAAACAGUAGGCACAUUCAUGUGGGCAUUACACACAAUCCGAGUAGCUUCACAAUAGUGCUCCACCUCUCUGUUUGCUGAUAGCAUGAGAGGUGCAAGAAAAGAAGGGGGUGGGAGAGGCUGAAUGACAUGGUGUUGAUGCUGCCGCUGUUCGCUGACCCUCGAAAUGCGGGCCCAGCCCCCAGUGUGAAGUACUUUUGUGUUGGCAGAUCCCAAAGAAGCAUGGAACCAGCAGAGAGGGGGGUGGGAUGGGUACCGGCCGGGGGAGGUUGGGGUUCAACACUCUUCUGUGGCCAGCCAUCCACUCUCAACCAGGACGCAUGCUCCAUAGGAGGAUUAAGAAGAAUGUAUUAUAAUGGUAUUUGCAUACUGUAAUGUAUUUGCAUACUUCCAGAGGGUGUUAACCUUUGACACCUCUCUGGCACCACUGACAAACUGACAACACAAACCACCUCAUUCAGUAUCUGAACAUUUCCAUACUUGAAACAGAUAACAUCUUGCAAACUGAAGUGAAAAUAACUAGAAGCCUUUUCUGAAUGCUCAGAUGCAAUUUUCUCCAUAUGCAUGGAAGGUCCACAUUUCAAAGUUAAUCAAUCUCUGCAUUUUUUAAAUUUUGAAUCAUCUCAUUAAUCAUUCCCAAUGAAAUGACACUUGUUUGAAAGAAAAAAGUGCAUGCAGAUUUUUUAAACAUGGCUGUAACUAUGUUUCCAUUAACUUGGCCAGGGAUUUUUUUGUCGACAUUUAGAAAUAGAUGGUGCAUUGGCAUUUAACUAUCUUGGGACCAGUAAAAACAGCUGGACUUAAUGACGUCACACACAUACAAAAAAACAUUGCGCAAAAACCUACAGUGUCGAAUAAAACUGAAGUGGUUGAAGAGUUUCCAUUACCCAUUUAUGCAAAUUGUGCAUUAAUAAAUUGGCGACAACCUGUAUGCCCUCCCACCUAUUUGUUUCAUGUCUCAGGUAGCCCACGAAAGCCAGCAUUGAUCAAAUGCAAUAAUGGACUAAUAUUUGCCAUAUUCUAAUCAUUCAUGUGCCAACAUAUCGCCACAGUCUGUGCCAUGGUGAAACGUUCACUCAUGUAGACCUGAAAUAAUUGAAUGGUGAAAUUUGCCAGCCAACCAGCCAACCAGAAAAGCAAGGUGAAGCAAUUCAGUCAUUCUUGAACAGAAACAUUAUUUUAGAAGUUGAAAAAUGGAUGUGAUGACAUCAUGCGUCCUGGUUGAGAUAAUACAAAUAAUAUUUUAAAAGUUGAAAAAUUGAUGUGAUGACAUCAUGUGCCCCCCCCCCACACACACACCUUCAAAUUAUCAAUCAUAAUCUAUUUGAAAAACACUGUUUCCAUCAUCAUUUGUCGCAAUAAAGAAAGUUUGACAAAAGAAAAAUCCACCCCUGUCGAACAGAUAAAAAUGUUGUAGAUCUUCAGAAAAUAUCUCCUAUAUCCACCGUUUUCAUUACACAUUUCGCAAUAAAACAUUUUGCGACAUUGCUUUUGUCUAAUAAACCUGGGUCAAUGUAAACCUGCCUAGUAAUGAUAUACAGGCUCUUAUUCUCUCUACAUGUUCUAUCAAGUGAGCUCAACAGGACCUCCAUGUGUGUUUAUGGUGCGUCGUAACAGGGAUGAAUCAUGUUAUAUAUGCAUUCUGGUGUAAUGACUGACAGUCUGCAUUCUUCAAGCACGGCCCAAAAUACACUAUUAUAGUCCAAUGAGCACUUAACUUGCUAAUCAAUUUUUACCCAACAAUGUUUAUUCCAUCUGUUGUAUGAUUCAUGUCCAUGUAUGGUAACAUAAGACAAGACAAUAUCUGUUUUCUUCAGUUGAUUUUUCCAUGUCUUUGUGAGGAUGGCUGUCUGUGUUUGGCUCUCAGCUCAAGGGGCUCUCCUGUCCAAGUACACGCAGCUCCACAAAGAGGACAUGACUCUGAAAUUCCUUCAGAUAAGAGUUGCUAGGUGAUGCCAUUAUUCAUGCCUUUUUUGUGUCCCUAUAUUCAUACCCAAAUUCUGAGGUUCUUUAUCAAGACUGUCUCAUUAGUAGUCAUAUAUUCAUACCAGUCCACCCCCCACUUGACCCCUCCCUUUCCUAGCGUGGGAAAGAUGAAUUGUUGAAGAUUCUUCCAGCUAUUUGUAAGUCUGUCCUCCAGUUUGCUAAUUUUUCAGAAUUCUAACACAUGCCAAGAUGAUCAUAAGAAAAAAACAAUGGUUUCUUGACUCUCAUGUUCUCUCUUACUGUACUAAUAGUAGGUGAGAAGACAAGUUGUCAUGUUAUAAAUCAUGUUAUUACUAUUGAUAAGAAUAUAAUACAGAUAUAAUACAUAUUCAAUCAACACUAUUUUGGGGCAGAAUAGUCUGUUUGUGUGUGUGUGUGUAUGUACAAAAAGACAGCACACUAUUGUUAAUUUCAUCAAAAAGCAAAAUGUUCGAGGGAUAGCCUACAGUCAUUUAACUGAAUACACAUCCUCUCUGCGCAGGUAGUACAGAGUCUAAUGACUUGACCCUACCCCUUCAGCAUACCAUAUAUGGAUUGGGCCCACAUUCCAAAGGCGGAGCUCAUGACGCCACAUGUUUCUCAAUGGGACUUUCGGCUGUACCAAGGGCAGUAGACGAUAGCGCUCACAGAAAUUCGGCGAUAUUACGAGAUCCGCACACAGAGGAAUUCCCGUCAAAGUUAAAGAAAUGGAUUUCCGUCGUAUUCGUUGUUAUUCUUUGUUUUUGUAUGUAUUUAUUAACCAUGUAUUUAUUACUCUUCAAUCGAAAGAACGUAAGUAGAAUAUUUUUCGUUUUAAAAUGGGUUUGUAAAGAGCUUUGCUUUGUGGCCCCACAUGGUUGUGAGAUUUUAUGAGUUGUGGGAUUGGGUUGUGACAUGGCAUUCUUGUAAUAGUAUUGUGUAUAUUACAGUGUUAAUACAGUGUAACUUCAGCUUUUCUCCUCCAAUAUUUUUUAUUUCCAUUUCAGUGCAUUCUUAUUCCUAUGAUAACUUGUCAAUAUGGGGAAAGACCCCUUCCAUAGGCUAUUGAACAAUAUUUAAUGUACGGUUUGUUCAGUUUCCUGAUUAAGAUUAUUGUAAGUUCUCUAGAAAUUGUCUAAGAAUUAGCCUUUGUUGACUUAAAGAAAAGAAAGUCAGUAAAUUGUACACAGCAAAAUCAGAAGUGUUAAACUCGCUGUAGUGUUAAUUUUAACACUUUUGCAGUGUGUAUAUGCAUCCACUCUCAACAAAGUGAUUUUCACACUUUAAAAAGUGUUAAAAUGUUAACAUUUAGACAGUGUUUCUGUAACCCUAUACAGAGUAGAAAAUUAAGACUGGCUGUACGAAAUUCACAAUACACUGGAGUGAACUAAUUAGUAUUUCAAUCUACUCUGGAGUAGAGUAAAGCCCUCUACAGAGGGCUACAGCUGUGGUCCUCUGUAGCUCAAUUGGUAGAGCAUGGCGCUUGUAAUGCCAGGGUAGUGGGUUCGAUCCCUGGGACCACCCAUAUGUAAAAAAGUAAUGUGCACAUGACUGUAAGUCACUUUGGAUGAAAGCGUCUGCUAAAUGGCAUAUUAUAUUAUCAAUAUAAUGAAAUGGUUUAUGGAAGAAAGACACAUUUUCAUAUUUCCCAGGGUGCCUUUUUUGGGGGGUGAAUUGUAGAGUUACCACCCAUGAAUGUAUUUGUUAGUGACACAGACAUGGUUGUUGAAUGUUUUCUUUUAAAAUGUCUUUCACCAAAUGAGUUUGUGGGUGAAUGUUAUUACAAUUCAACUCUGACAAUAUACAUUACAUAUAUCAUACAUAUACCUUACUUUGAUGGCCUAGUUUUAUCCUAACUCAGUGGUGUUAGGAAACUCCUGCGUUACAGGCCACAUCAGGCCUGCAAGUCAGGUAGCUUAGUGGUUAAGCUUAGUAGCUUAGUGGUUAAGAGCAUUGUGCCAGUAAUUGAAAGGUCGCUGGUUCUAAUCCCCGAGCUGACUAAGUGAAAAAUCUGUCGAUGUGCCCUUGAGCAAGGCACUUAACCCUAAUUGCCCAUGUAAGUCGCACUGGAUAAGAAUGACUAAAAUGUAAAUUAUGCUGGCUUGCAAAGUGAUGUGUAAUUCCUAUUGGAAUCCAGACAUAGUUAGAAUAUUCAACAGUUGUAAUUUUUAUUUGCCUGCAUUCAGAAUGACUCAAGAUAAUGGAAAUUGAUAAAUGAGACUACCUAAACCAUUUAAACUGGAACAACCAUUUCAGUAAUGAGUGCAAUAAAUCAAACUAACGGAUAUCUUUGGCUUUGUGUAGCAUAACAUUCAUAAAUCAACCAAUGUACAUGCAAAAAUACAGAUAUUAAAAACAAUCCCCAAAAAUCUACCCACAGUAGAGCAUGCUGGGAAAUAUGAUAAUGAUGGGCAUGGUUUUGAUCGGACUGUUUUACUCACCACAGUGUAAAACAAUUACUCUGGUUAUUAACACUAACAUUGGGGGUUCUUUUACACAACUGAGAGUGAAUUUAACUCCUGAAUCAACACUAGAAAUGUAACAAUUGAUGUGUAGACUAUCUUGGCUACUUCAAACAUGCAGUAAUGAUCAUUUUCAGUAUUCUUCAUUUAUAAAACUAGGUAAUAUUGGUAUUUGAUCAUGAUUAAAGAAGGAAUAUUACUCUGCAUGGUUAUAACUUCUAAGAAGCUUUUAGUUUCAAUAUUGGAGUAGACAGGAUCUUGUCCUGAAGAAAGGGGAGAUAGGAGUGUAGGCUGUGUCGGACUUGCAUUGGUUCUUAGGGACGAUCCCAACUAUUUUCACUCCCUUUAUCAUGCUUUUUAACUUCCCACGCUUUUCUCAGCUUUCUUCAUCCAAACACAUAAUAAUUAAUAGUUGACAGCUUAUUUGAUCAGGUUUGUCAUGCCAGGGCAUGUCCUCUUCAAAGCCGUGGAUGGCAUGAUAUUGGACCUAUUCGGUGAAUCUAGUUCUGGCUAUUUCUAGCAGGAUACUGUAAUAAUUGUUGGCUCAGAGAAACUAAAUCACUUUGAAAAUCCAGUUGUAGAGUAGUAUUACUUGUCCAUUGCUAAUUACAUUGCUAAUUACACAUGUUCAAUUGCUUAUAAACACCUUAUGUCCUCAUAUGAAUUAAGAAUGUUUACUAAUAGUGCUCUCUAUUUGUCUCUCUGUAGAGGUGUUGCUGGAUAUGAAAGCUUCUGGGGGAGAGUUGGGCUGGUUGCCCUGGCCACAUGAAGAAGGGGUGAGUAGUUAUAUCAUAAAGUGAGAAAUUGCUGUAGUCUAACCAGAUGGUCGAUUAGGCCUCAAAAAAGUGUAUUGAUUGUAAGAUGUAUUUCCCCUACUAGUACACAAAUGGUGGUAAACAUAGGCUAGAUGUCACACAAUGUUGAUUCCAAGCCACAUUUUAAGUAGCAUAACUUGUGCUUUCCAGAGGAAUAGAAUGCAAGCUAUUUUCUCCGCUCUCAUUCCUUCAGAAUAGUUUUCUGGGAAAGAUGGAAUGAUUGGCAGCUCACAAAGUUAGCCUUCACUGGUUUUAAGAGCUGCAUCUGAAUGUACAUUUUCUUGCAUAGAGCCAACAGGUUAUAAUUCCUACAGUACUUUUUUUAUAAAGUGGCGAUAUAAAUGUGGGAGGUUCCUGUCAGACAGUGUGGAACAUAAGACUGAGGGAAUGAGAAAUGAAGGGAGAUGGGUUGUGUGGGAGAGAGGCAUCCCUCUAUCUAUAGUUGUGUGGUUGAGUGUCUAAAAAAAGCAACAGGACGUGGUCAGUGGCAGUGUGCAGACUGCUUUUCUUUUGUGACCAUGAGGUUUACAGCUCGUCCAAUGCAUUCUAUUGGAUUUCCCCCUAUUUUAUGAUGUUUAUCCAUUCUCACCAAACUUCCUCAAACUUUUGAAACACAUUUCAAUUUGACUUUGGAGUGGAAGUUUUAAGAAUGCACAUUGUCCUUGUCUUUGAUCUAUAUCUAUCUUCUCUUCCUUCACACACUCUGAGUUUCUCUCCUACUGUUGUCCCAAGUCCACAAAACAGACGUGGAAUAAAGCCAAUGAAUAUGCCUUUAUGGAAGCCGUCUGAGGUGUUAAAAUAAUUAAUGAUGGAUAUUCUUUUAAAGCCCUGUGCUUAAUUAAUGGAUGCCUUUAAAUACUGCUACCAGGCAAGCAUUUCCUUAUUUUGUCUCUCUUAAAACAGACUUAAUUGCAGCCAAUAUCACUGCCAUGUCUUUUCCAUGCGCCUAUAAAAAAACGUUUAACUGCCAUAAUGCUUGGUAUUGAGUAUAAAGAGUAUUGGUUUUAGUGUUAUGUCUGCCUCACACAGGCACCCACAUCUGUUUGUGGAAACCACCCACGUAGUGAGCACGGCACAUGUCCAGAUCAAAUCCUUCCCUGGCGUGUGGAAAAAAGUAGCAGGAAAUUAAGCUUGAGCAUUUAUAGGCUUUUCAGCAGGCAAACAGUGGUUUCAUGGAUAAAACAGAAAAUUGAUCCUUGACGAGAACAGAACCCCCUUAACGUUAUUGUAAUUCUCUUAAACCCCCCCCCCCCUCAUUCCCUCACUUUUUGUGUCUUGCUAACAGUGGCCCUUGUCCUGUACAUUGUGUUAAACUAAACCUCUGUUCUCUCUCUGUUUCAGUGGGAGAUAGUUCAGACAGUGGUGAAUGGCUCCCUCCUCUACACCUACAGUGUGUGUAACAUCGACGCGGGUGAGCAGGACAACUGGCUCCGGACCACCUUCAUCCAGCGGCGCCCAGGGACCACCCGCGUCUCUGUGGAGCUGCGCUUCGUCAUGCGGGACUGCAACACCUUCGACGGCGCCUCGCUCGCCUGCAAAGAGACCUUCAACCUGCACAUGUCCGAGGCUGAUGCUGACGUGGGUACCAUCUUCCGUAAGGGCCAGUUCCGCAAAGUGGCCACCAUCGCGCCGGACGAAAUCACGAGAGGCCGCGGUGCGCUGAAGAUCAAUGUGGAGACACGGGCAGUGGCCCCUCUAUCCAGGAAGGGUUUCUACCUGGCCUUCCAGGACAUGGGGGCGUGUGUGGCACUGCUCUCUGUGAGAGUGUACUACAAGACGUGUCCGUCCACCGUGCAGAGCCUGGCCGCCUUCCCAGAGACGGUGGCGGACGCCCUGAGGGAGGUGGAGGGAACAUGUGUGGAGAACGCCGUGAGCCAGAACACCCCACGCAUCUACUGCACAGCUGAGGGAGAGUGGGUGGUGCCCGUGAGACAGUGCCAAUGCCGCGCAGGCUAUGAAGCUGUCGGAGACUCCUGCCAAGGUAAGACUACAGCCAGGCUUCACAUAAUGCAUCUCUCCACACACCCCAAUAAUGCAUCUCUCCACACACCCCAACCCCCUACCUGUUGUAGUGUUGGCCUAAAACAGGCCCUGUUGUAUUGGGCGUUAGUUUUAAACAGUAGCUGUGUUUAGAGCACAGGGCCUAACCACCACCCUGGCUGGGUUUGAGAAAUGACUGCAUGGGAAUGUUAAUUGUAGUUUCUUCAGUGAUUUCAAACACCUCACAAACAAAACCAGUGCAUUUUUCUGGUGAACUAGGUCAGAUAUAGAAGGAUUUAUAGGAAUGAAUUUAGAGAAAACAGGGGAAGGUAUUUGGACAUAUUUUUGUUUGUUUUGUUUUGAUUAAGUGGCUCUCUAUAACAGCAAUAACACUGGCAGAGUUUUAGGAUUUUAACACUAUUUCCAAACAUAUUAUGGGAGAGGAACAGAGAGAGGGACUGUCUGGGAGAAUGUGGCAGAGAUAACAAAAAGCAUAGAGGAAGUCUUUGAACGUUUUGACUGCGGUUAAGAGGUCUCCUGGUAAUCUUACCUGUUGCUGUUGGCCAACACAUUCUUUCCACUGUGUUUGUCUCUCAUACUUAGGGAUGGGGUGGGUGAGGAGGAUACUGUUUUAUGGACAAGGGAAACCUGACUAUAGAAGCAUGAGGCUUAAAAGUGUGUUUGUUGUUUAAAAAUGUGCAAAUGCUUAUAAAACGUCCAGUCUGUUUUUUUGAGGCGAGGGGACUGGUAGAAUGAGAGACAUUAGCAUUUUUAAAUGUUCUAUUUGAGAAAGACACUGAGUAUGCCUAGAAAGAACACACUACGGUAAUGUAUUGGAAUUGAAAUGGGAUGUUUGCUCACAUUGUUUGUAUGGAAGUUGCAAUCUCUUUGGUAUUCCGGGGUGUGGUGUGUUGAGCUAUCAGGAGGAAACAUGGGAGGGAGGAGGGAGGGAGGAACAUUAUAUGACUGUAUGCUCAGUGAACUGUGGGGAUUUCUGAAAGGAAUUAUUUCACCCUCACGUCACCUCCCGUACUGAUUGACUAAGGAGAGCAGUGUGACUCGAUGUGCCAACUGAAGAGUACCUGAGUGUUGUGUCUUCUCCACACAGCUAUUUGUGUGCGCCCGUAGCCAUGGUUGCGGUGAACCACAGAUUACAGGGACUGUGCCGUCACGCCCAUCUCAGUCAGGAAGGGUAUACUGAGUCAGUCUGUGGUUUAUGACGGACAAGAGGCUCCCUUGUUGUACCGCCAGAGAUCCUGGUCAUCUUGAAUGGCAGAACUAGUUGGAUUGUAUCUCUUUUACUCCAUAUUACAGUAGUAUAUAGACCAGAGGUAUUCAACUCUUACCCUACGAGGUCUGGAGCCUGCUGGUUUUCUGUUCUACCUGAUAAUUAAUUGCACACACCUGGUGUCCCAGGUCUAAAUCAGUCCCUGAACAAUGAAAAACUGCAGUGGAACUGGCUUCGAGGUCCAGAGUUGAGAUUGAAGGAUAUGGACCAUUAGUACAGUAUUUAGGCCAGGUAACCAAUUUAGCUCAUAGUUUGACAUAUCGUUACCUUACAACAGAGAAGAGACAUUUCCAUUUAUCUUAACAUUGAGAAAGUAGUCCACCAUAGCUCCAAGCCUGAGGAACAGUACUUCAAAGGGGCCGAUAGUUCCAGGCGAAGGGGGAAGGCCAAGCUCAGGAAUGUUCCAGGUCCAUGACCGUUGGCAGAGGCAGAGGCAGAAAACCCCACCUGAAGCGGAAGUUGGCAGGGAGUCCUGGAGAGGAUAAGGGAAUAUUUUAAUACCAGGAAAAAGUCAGAUUCCAAACCCUGCUGGACAACCUUGUGAUCAGGAUACAGGAAACAUGUUUUUGUCACCUUUGUAAAGAAAAAAGAGAGAGGUUAUUGUACAGCAGUUGUCAUAACGCCUCAAAGCCUGAGGCCAAUACUUCCAAAAAACUAAAUUAGGGCAUUUUGGGGGGAAACUCAAUUGUCAUAAUACCUAUAGAGCCCUGGGCCAAAAAUCUAAAGUCCAGAAAAUUGCCAAAAAGGGUUGACAUGACAAACCUGUUCAGUUAAUUAUUACACUGAUUCAUGACACUGAGUCAUAUCCUAAUUCUCUGUGUAGUCAAGCAGAAACACGUUCCUGUCCAUGAUAAGGGAUUUAUGAGAUUUCACUGAAGGUCCUCUAGAGAAGAUCCGCUGGGAACGAGGAAUUAAAGGGGAAUGUUGGGCCAGGCUGACUCAAAUAAGCAGGUUGUCUGUGACUCUGUGUGAAGUCUUGAAGGAGGGGAGUUAGUGGUUAGUGGAUAGUUGGUGGUCGCAUGAGAGGUUGGUUAGUUAGAUGCAUGGGACCGCCGGGUGCUUACUUAGGUGUGGAGUGUAAUUUAGUCAAGAGGAUUAGUGUGGAGCAACAGGACAGCUUUUAGAGGAUGACAUGCCCUGCUUCACUCCAUUCAUCCGGUCGUUAACACACACAACGAGCUCUUUAAUCCUUGUUCCCACUCGUUAGAACAAUGGGCCGACACAAAGAGCAAAACACAUAUUCAAUUAAUAGAAGCAUUACUGCCACUAGAACUCCAUUCAUUCAUAAAGAGCACCACCGCACAUAAAGAGAUUGACCAGGACAAUGUGAGGAAUUAUUUCAGGCCAAGAUCCCACUUUUAGUGAGGCAUUAUUUGAGUCAGAUAUUUUCAUGUCCUUAGUUUGUAAGAAUAUUUAAAAAAUGACACUCUUAACACAAUGCAUCAAUAACAAACAACCACAUUAGUACAUGUGUAAUAACACAAAUAUCUUUCAAAUACUUUUUAGUCCGCUUAAGUUUUACCCACUGAGAUUUUAACAUUCCCAGGGUGAUCUUGAAAGAUUUCUCUCAUGCCACUGAUAUAUGCAGCGCACAUGCCACCAUUUUAGGGCUCUAAUGAUUAAACGCAAUUUAUUUAUGGCACCACUCAAUCCAAUCCCAGUCACAAUAGAUGAAUAGGGGUGGGGGUGCGUUGAUACGUGACAGGAGUCCUGCUGCUCCUUCUCCAGAUGAAAUAAGCUGGCCUCCUUUUCUUAUGCGUGAGGGGCCCUAUACACCCCCACACUCCCCGGGUGACUCCCCAGAGAGAACUUCUGUUGGUACUUUAGACCCUAACCCCAUCCCCCAUACAUCCAUCUAUUCAUCUCAAUCCCCCCUACUCAAACUCAAAACUUGUCCCCAUUCUUCUAUUGUGGGGCUGGUUGUAACGCAAAGGUCCUUCGGCCAUAGUGGUUAAGUCACCGGCAGAUCCCUCUUGUCCAUCACAGGUCACCCUCUUCCCUAUAGAGGCCAGAUGAAAGACUGAUCCCCUGGGGAGACAUGAGAAUAAAGGGAGAGAGAGGAGAUAGCUCAAAGGAGCCAUUCUUACAUGUUCUUAAAGUAAACAGUCUUCAUUCCCAUCGAUCCCACACAAAAAACGUGCGUUUAGGCUCCAACAACACGGUCGGUCUACAACAUCUCCCCUCUAGCAGUUCUUCCUCCAGACUUCCUCUCCCCUUGUUCCAUCCUGGCAUGUUGUCAUUUGCCAUCAGAGGAAGCAAGGGAGGAAGGAAGCAAAACUUUAUACUUGCAUUCCUUGCAUCCUGGUUUCUGUCCAAUACACACACACACACACACACACACACACACACACACACACACACACACACACACACACACACACACACACACACACACACACACACACACACACACACACACACACACACACAUAUACACACACACAUACACAUUAACCCCCACAAGCUCCUCAAACAAUAACCACAUCUGCAUUCACAGUGCUGAUUUUAUAGUUCAAACGGGAUGGGAAGGACAGAGUGAUUAUCUGCUGAAUUUAGUGUUUCCAUGGCAUCCAGUUGACAGUGUGACUUGAGGAUGGAAAUUGAGUUGAAAAGGACAAGUGGAAGCAAAUCGUCAGGAAAAUCCUAUUCCAUUCUGUUUAAAUACAAAGGUUUGGUUACAAUUUAACCACAACCUGAGUUUCCUUCCAAACCCCAGGGCACUGACAGAGAUACCGUUUUAUUGUAUUGUAACUGAAUCACUCUUGUCCCAUUGUGUGUGUCUAUACAUAGAAUACUAGAACUAAUAAGCACCCUCCUUUCUCUUUCAGCGUGUGCGCCAGGCUCCUAUAAAGCAUCCAUGUCCAGUGAGUCCUGUAAGGUUUGUCCGGAGAAUACUGAGCCAUCUACAGCCGGCGCCCCCCUGUGUCCAUGUAUGGAGGGAUUCUACCGCUCCCCAUCAGACCCUCUUACGUCAGCCUGCUCUGGUAAGAACCAUGGCCAGAUAGUCGGCUACAGCAAGGCGGAUCACUAACAAAGGGUUAGCCACUUCUAUGGCCUUUCCUUCAAUGAUUCUGUGUCCAACCCAUGGUUACCUCAUACCCUCAUACAAUACAUUGUCUUAUAUCAUCAUCAUGGUUGAUAGAGGGAUCUGAGUAUUGUUCAUUGGGUGUAUUAGCAUGUUGGAAUGUCUCAUAAUAACUCUGUCUACUGUUUGCCUCCUCCUUUAGCCCCGCCCAGUGCUCCUCGUGACCUGGCCUCCACCACUCUGUCAGCGGAGGGCAGGCUGCAGCUGUCCUGGAGCCCACCGCUGGUGACAGGAGACCGCCGGGACAUCUGCUACAGCGUGGUGUGUGAGCGCUGCGCCGGGGCCCUGUGUGUGCCCUGUGGGGAGAAGAUCCGCUUCGAGCCCAGCCCCACGGACCUCCAGGACACUGUGGUGACUGUCAGCGAGCUGGAACCCCACCUCAACUACACGUUCACUGUAGAGGCCCGCAGCGGAGUGUCCCAGUACAGCAGCCAGAGACCCAGCAGCACCAUCACCACCGCUCUGCACUUCACUGAUCCCCCCAAGGUGACGUCCAUCCGUCUGGAUGAGCAGAGCCCCACCACUCUGUCUCUGUCUUGGGCUCUGUCCCGCCGAGCACCAUCCCACAUCAACCACCGCUACGAACUCAUGUACCGCAGGAAGGUAAGACAGACAUAGGCACACUUCACUCCUCUCGCUUUCUCUUCUAUCUCUCCAUGUCAGUCCAACAUGAAACACAGCAUAUCUAAUAGUAUUAGUAUAUCUCUAUAGUGAAUCCCUUCUCAGUGCUCCUCUCUCUCUCUGUCCCGUGCAGGAGGACGACAGUGAGCGUGAUGUCACUACAUACACAGUCCUGGUUCUUGAGAAGAGUUCGGUGCAGAUCAGUGACCUCUCCCCUGGCACGGCCUACGUGUUCAGAGUCCAGGCUCUCAGCCCAGAGGGAAAACCAGGGAGCUACAGCAUGGAGCAUGAGUUCAAGACCCUGCCCAUUGGUAAGUGCCCUAGAAACUGGAGACUGUUCGUUUCCACACUAUCUUUUUCUCCAACAUCCAGACAAUAUGUUUUUUGCCAUUUGAGUGUGUUGUGGUCUAACUGUGUUCUUUGUGGUUGUAUUUCAGCGGAGUCUCAGAUCCAGAACAACUCCACGGUGGUCAUGGGAGCUGUAGUAGGAGGAGGAAUCAUGCUGCUUGUUGUCGUAGUCGUUCUACUGCUACACAAACGGUUAGAACACACUACUGCUAUCAUAUCCCCCUGUCCUAAGAUAGUAUAUGAUUAUGAGUGGCUCACAGGCCAGAGCUGAUUGAGAAUGUAAUGCCAUGUCAUCUCUAAGAUGGUUUUAUCAGUAAUAGCCAGAGUAGCUGUUGAAAACUGUAUCUGGAGCUGACUGAGUCUGUGGCUGAAGAUGACCUUGCCCUUCCUGAUACGGCAGCCUGCCUGUGAUAAAAUGGGUUUUAAAAGCAUGAUGGACACUGUUCAACCCUGAGAGGGGAUAGAAGAAAUGAAAAGCCACGUCGUGUCUCUAGCUAAACUUGUCUAGACACCACAGGAAGCACGCUCAUGGGUCUCUAGGCUAUUUAGUUAUUGAUGCCUUAAUAUGAAUGUCUUAACAUUGCGUAUUGUCUGACCAACCCUAAUAGUUACUGUGCUUCCUAACAGGAGACUGAAAUUCCGUCACAGACAGAGAUCAGAGGACCCCUACUUCUCCAAUACAGGUAAGAACCACAGCACCCAUGAAAUAUGUACCUAUAUUAGAUGACAGAUGUGCCCUACCAAAGAGAUGAUCUCCCAUCUCCACCGCCUUCACUAAUUGUCUUUCACACUUCCUCAGAUCAACUGAAGCCCCUGAAGACCUACGUUGACCCACACAUGUACGAGGACCCCAACACAGCUAUCCUGAAGUUUGCCAGUGAGAUUAAUCCCAGUCUUGUCACUAAGCAAAAAGUAAUUGGAGCAGGUAAAUGUCAAAACAGUUUACAGUAAUAUUUUGAACAUAUCUCUCUGAUCCCCUACCCUAAGAUGAUGUAUUAGUAUUAAUCUCUGUGUGUGUUUCUGUUUCUCAGGAGAGUUUGGUGAGGUGUACCGCGGUCUGAUGAAGGCUCCAGGGAGAGGAGAGGUGGCGGUGGCCAUCAAGACGUUGAAGCCAGGCUACACAGAGAAGCAGAGGCAGGACUUCCUGAGUGAAGCCAGCAUCAUGGGCCAGUUCUCCCACCAGAACAUAAUUCGCCUGGAGGGAGUCGUCACCAAGUGUGAGUCCCUGCUCUUAGACACUGGUAGCGUCUCAAAUGACACCCUAUGCCCUAUAUAGUGCACUACUUUUGACUAGACCCCUAUGGGCACUAAAGGGAAUUGGGUGUCAUUUGGGGCGUGGCCACUGACUGACUACGGAUUGAUCCUCUACUCAUUCACUGAAUAGUUAUUUGUUAGUUAUUGUCUAGUAGCAUCCAUAUCUCCCAUCUCCUAUCCACUGUGCCGCUUUUGUUGACAUGAAGAACUAAAAUUGCCCCUUUUUAUUUAUUUCUUCAAGCAGUCAAGCAUGCCAUGAUUGUGACGGAAUACAUGGAGAAUGGGGCACUUGACAACUAUCUAAAGGACCAUGAUGGGGAGAUUUCAUCAUACCAGCUGGUGGGCAUGCUGCGUGGCAUCGCGGCGGGCAUGAAGUACCUCUCUGACAUGAGCUACGUGCACCGAGACCUAGCUGCCCGCAACGUUCUGGUCAACAGCAACCUUGAGUGCAAAGUGUCUGACUUUGGCCUGUCCCGUGUGCUGGAAGAUGAUCCGGAGGGCACCUACACCACCAGCGUGAGUCAAGCUUCCAUAGUACUGAUGUUAAUGUAUGGGAACAGAGUGGGGGUAUCAUAAUCUACAAUGUGCUAUGCAAUUUGUAGCCUAGUUAUGUCUUUACAUACUAUGGGGAACAACUGAUAAAUAAUGCCAUCAGUGAGCCUUCUAAGCCUUUAUAUUAGUAAUAGCAAUACAUGCUUCUAGUGAAUACAUUCCCUUCAGUCUCAUUCUUAUGAUUUCUUCUUGUUGCUGUUCCUUCAGGGAGGGAAGAUCCCCAUCCGCUGGACCGCCCCAGAGGCCAUCGCCUAUAGGAAGUUCACCUCGGCCAGCGACGUAUGGAGCUUCGGCAUCGUCAUGUGGGAAGUCAUGGCCUUCGGAGAACGACCCUACUGGGACAUGAGCAACCAUGAGGUAGGUCCUAUGCUUAAUCUGUCACGUCUGUCACGUUUUAGGGAAAUGACAGAGUGCUGUAGGCUUGGUUAAACACAAGGCCUCUGUGAUGCAUCACCUCUGGGUAUUUAUCCUGGGUGGAUAGUGUUUAAAACAACCCACUCAGGGCCUCUAAGUCAAAAUAGUUCCCACAGUCCUCUUCACAUAAAACUGUUAGUUAACACAAAACAUAUUCUUGGAGUCUGUUGGCCUACGGUCCUUAAGACAACAGUGGGCUAUAUCAUAAACACAAGAUCUGUGAGAACACGGUCUAAACCCCUCUGCCUCCUCUUCCUCAGGUGAUGAAGGCAAUUAACGAGGCCUUCCGGCUGCCGGCACCCAUGGAUUGUCCAUCCACCGUUUACCAGCUGAUGCUGCAGUGUUGGCUCCAGGAUCGCUCCAAACGACCCCGGUUCCCUGACAUUGUUAACAUCUUGGACAAACUGCUCCGGAGCCCAGAGUCUCUGAAAACCAUCGCUGACUUUGAUCCCCGGUAAGAUGCCAAUGAAUGAAGCUGAUCUCCCCUGGACUUGACAGUUUAUCUUGUUCAAUCACAUACUGUGAAUAUAACGCUUACUUACCAAUAUAUUUCACUGUUCUUACCACACAGUGUGUCCAUCCGCCUCCCCAGCACCAGUGGCUGUGACGGUUCGCCCUUCAGGUCCGUGCCGGAAUGGCUGGAGUCCAUCAAGAUGAGCCAGUACACUGAGAGCUUUGCCUGCGCUGGAAUCACAACCAUGGAGCAGGUGCUGGCCAUGAGGCAUGAGUAAGUACUACAGACAUGUUCAGUAACCACAUGGCACAAAUGCAUUAUCCUCACCACAUUGCAGGGCUUAGUUGGCACCCUGCCACAUUUGAACAUACAGUAAGAGUAUUCAGAUCUUUGUUAAGCAUUUGUUGUCCGGUAUGCCACACUCUCAUCGAUGGAAUGCAACACUCUCAUUCACUGAAUGCUGCACUCAACCCCCCCCCCCCCCCCCCCCCCGCCCAUCUCAUUCCCACCAUACCAUUCCUCACUGCCCCACCCUCAAUAACAUAAUUGUACUCGGCUCCAACGGAAUAUAUGACUUUGAAUAUUUUGCUGUGUCAUGUCCAAGUAGGAAGUUGCAAAUGCAAUAAUAUUUUAUGUUCAUGUGCUACCAAUUGGUUUUAAUUUGAAAAACGUUUCCCUAACAACUCCUCUCUUUAUCUGUCUUCUCUCUCAGGGACAUCAGGAACAUUGGCGUGCGGUUACCAGGUCAUAUGAAGAGAAUCGCCUACAGCAUCCUUGGACUUAAAGACCAGACCAGCUCACUCAGUGCUUGCAGUACAGUGUUUGCAGUGUGAGACCCCCAACCUGAGAUUCCCCAGAAUAAGACUGCACUGAUCAUCUCAUUUCACUGUCACACUGAAUAGGGAAAUGGAACAAGUUGGGUUGAACAUGGUUGUACUAAUGGUGGAGCUAUGCUGCUUUAGACUGGUCAGUGACAUGACUGAAGACGACCCUGCCUGCCAGCCACUCAGAAAAGACUGA